AUGGUUGAAAUUAAAUUUAUUGAACAGGAAUUAAAGAAGUACAUGAACACGUUACUAAACAGAGUUCAUGGAUUGCAUUGCAUAUUAAUUUCGGAUAGGGAUGGUGUCCCAGUUGUUAAAGUAACAAGUGAUAAAGUUCCUGAACUAGCGCAACGUCCAACAUUUCUCUCAACAUUUGCGUUAGCUUCGGAUCAAGGCAGUAAACUUGGUUUAGGUAAAAAUAAAACAUUGAUUUGUAUGUAUUCCCAAUAUCAAGUGAUUCAAUUCAAUAAAUUACCGCUUGUGAUCAAUUUGAUUGCAAGUAGUGAAGCUAACACAGGUCAUUGUCUUGCUUUAGAAGAAUAUCUUGAACCGAUUUUAAAUGAUUUAAAAACUGCUGUUAUUGAACCUUAA